AUGACGUCACUUCCGCCCCGUCGGCUUCAGAAAGUGGCUGGCCGAGGGCGACGACGGCUGCGUGUGCUGCGCAGUCGUCGCCGUCGUUGCGGACUGCAGUGGUGCGCGGUCGCUGGCCGCCGCGCGGUGGGUGGCGCCGCAGCUGCGCAUCGUCUUCCGCGCUCCGUUGCAGCUGCGCUCUCUCGCGAUCGAUCGUCGGUCACUAUGCGGCGGCAGCGUGGCGUUCUACCGCUUUGA